AUGCAAAAUGUCACAUCUGGUCACCCAACGGUGCUGUUUCUCAGUUUUGGAGACAUGCUGUCCACGAGAUACAUCUACAGUGUUAUAGCAUGCUUUGUCUAUGGGCUGAUCGUCUUAUUUAAUGGCUCAGUGAUCUCCGCCGUAGCUUUGCACAAAUCCCUGCAAGAGCCCAUGUACAUUUUUAUAGGCGUCUUAUGCGUCAAUGGAUUAUACGGGAGCGCCUCCUUUUUCCCCGGCCUUAUUGUGCAAUUGUUCUUCAGUAUAGAAACCGUUUCCUACAUUGGAUGCGUUAUACAGGUCUACUGUAUCCAUACCUACUUAGGAUGCGAGAUGACCUUACUAACCGCUAUGGCGUAUGACCGUUAUGUAUGUAUCUGCAACCCUUUGAGAUAUAACCACAUUAUGUCCUUGAACACGGUUCUCAAACUGGUUGCCGCGGCCUGGUCGUACACGAUCGUCCUGGUCAGCAUUCAUAUUGUGUUGACGAUUCGGCUUCCACUCUGCGAUAACAUUAUACUGAAGAUAUACUGCGACAACUGGUCCAUCGUGAGGCUCGCUUGUGUAGAUACCACAGUGAAUAAUGGCUUUGGCCUCUUUAUCGCCUCUACGUUCAUUGCCUUAAUGCCCAUGCUGAUCAUCUGCUCAUAUAUUAAGAUUCUUAAGGCCUGCGCCCGCUCCUCAAAAGACUUUCAAGCCAAGGCUCUUCAGACCUGCACCCCUCACUUGAUUACCAUCACCAAUUUUGUUUGCAAUUUGUUUUUCGAACUCCUCGUGUAUCGCUUUAUACCUACGGAAUUCCCAUAUGAGCUGAGGGUGGUCAUGUCCGUCCAGGUCCUUGUGGUGCCACCUAUUCUUAACCCUUUAAUUUACGGACUGAAGCUGAAAGAUAUCAGGGUUAAGAUCCUUUAUAUCUUCCACUUAAGGGAGAGCAAAGUUCAUGGCAACCAAUUGUAG